GAGGGGGGAGGGAGGGGGCCGAAGGCGGAAGGACGGGGCGUACCGCAGCAGGCGCCGCAGAGGGCAGCCAUGAUGACAGCAGCGGCCAGGACUGCAGCAGGGGAACAGGCAGACAUGACGGAAGGUGGCAAAGUGAGCAAGCCCCGGUGGUGAUGAGGUACAGAGGGGUGCACUCCACAAAGAUAUGCUCACUAGAUGCCUGAAUGCAGUGAGGUGACGAGCUAGUGAGGGCGCUUGGACGAGAGUGAGGGCGCCGACGAGCUCUGGCUGGCUGGCUAGCUGCGGGUGGUGGGUGAGGAACUGAGUGGAGGGAGGGGGGGGAUUUGCCUGCAGACGAUGGUGAGUGACUGGCGCACGGCAGCCUUGGCGAGGGUCCACCACAUCACCUUUGACUUGGCCCACGCAGCUCCAGGCUGUACACUUGACUGAAUCAAGCAAACCUUCCUUGUUUGGGGGGAGGGGUUGCGGUUGUGGUACCAGGUUGUGCAGACUGAGCAAGUCGUAGGACAUCACGCACUUUCUUCCACCUCCACCCACCGGUGUCUCUCGGUCAUGUCGUCGGGAACAGGCGGCUACGGGUUUACCACCGACGACGACGAACAUGUGGCGCUGCUUGGUGGUGAUCACGAGUCCGAGUCGGACAUGGACUGGUCGAUGACGGGCGAGCCGCUGACGGCGGCGAUUCUGAACCCCGAGGCGGCGGCGGCGCUCAAGGCGGAACGGAGGGCUGAGCUGGAGGCGCUGCGGAUGGACGACGAGGCGGUGAGGGCCAUGCCGUCGCGGGUCUCGACCUUUUACAGGCAACAGAACGCAUACAUCGACUCGCUGCACGAGCUCGACGAGGUGACGCUCGGGCGGGGAGAGGGCUCGCCGUCGGGGCGAGCCGGCGCCGGGGUGGGAGGCGGAAUGGGUGGUCGGCUCGGCGACGGCGAUGGGUCCGACUCGGCGAGUGCCGUCGACGUCAUCCGGCCGCGAAACGCAGUGAUGACGACAAGCCCGCCGGCAACGCCGAGCGCGGUCCAGCUGGUGGUCCGCCUCUCGCUGGCUGUCAACGUGGUCCUCUUUGUGGCCAAGGUAUUUGCCGCCGUCGCCUCGGGCUCGCUCGCAGUCUUUGCAUCUGCCGUCGACUCGGCGCUGGACCUUGUCUCGGGCCUCAUCAUGUUUGUGACCGAGCGCGCCAUCUCGCGCCGCGAUCCGUACAAGUACCCGGUCGGGCGGCGCCGGCUCGAGCCGCUGGGUAUCAUCGUCUUUGCCUCGGUCAUGGGAACUGCCGCCCUCCAGCUCAUCCUCACCGGCGCCCUGCGGCUGCUCGACGGUGGCGCCGACAUUUCGCUCUCGGCGUCGACCAUCACCGUCCUUGGCUUCACCAUUGUGGCCAAGCUCGGCCUCUUGCGCUCGCCAAGUUUGUGCAGCAAAGCCACGACUCGGACAUGGUCGAGGCGCUGGCUACCGACCACAUCACCGACGUCCUCACCAACACCUUUGGCACUCUCGCCGCCUUCAUUUCGGCCAUGACCGUCGCAUGGUGGGUCGAUCCGGUCUGCGGCAUCGCCCUCGCCAUGUGGAUCAUCCGCGUCUGGGCCUCGGCCGGCAAGGAGCAGCUGCUCAAGCUCACCGGCAUGUCCGCACCCAACGACUUUCUCCGCAAACUCACCUACAUGGCCGCCCAGCACCAUCCCGACGCUCUCGUCGACACCGUCCGUGCCUACUACUUUGGCGUCUACUUUCUUGUCGAGAUCGACCUCUGUCUCCCACCCAAUACCCCGCUACACAUCGCCCAUGACAUCGGCGAGUCGCUGCAGGACUCGGUCGAGGCUCUCGACGAAGUCGAACGCUGCUUCAUCCAUCUCGACACCGAGACCGACCACUCUCCCGAGCACAAGCGAUUGUAGCACAAGCGAUGGUAGCGCAAGCGAUUGCAGUAAAAUCUGUAUGACUCUGCAA